AUGGCUCCCAACUUCCUCCGGUACGUCCUGAGCACCCUGACCGUCUCGGCGGAGGCAGAGUUUUCUAUCACCACCAGUGAACUCUUAGGGCUAUUUCGAGCCCGUGAUUCUACGGCAGCGGGUAUUUUUUCCAUGAAUCCUAUUUUUGACCGUAACCUCAUCGACGGAAUGCCCCUAAAUGACGGGCCUUGGAGGAAAUACUUGUUCUUUUUCCGAAUUAAUCCUCAUUCCGUCCAAGGGCGGCUUUCCGGUCUUCUUCUCCGAAAUUGGUUGCCCAAACUUGGGAACCAGACGAUCCCCUGCCCAACUGUUGACUUCUUAUCUUUCUUUCGAAUCGUCUCUGAGGGUGAAACAAAUUGGAAUUCCUUCACCCUUCAACGUAUUCGUAAAGCGGGGCUCGCUAUCAAAGAUGGUCAAACUCACCCCCUCGAUCCUCCUUCCGAAGAUAAGGACGCCUCGAGCCUGAAUGCUCGGGAUAAGAGAAAAAUGCUCGCCGAGACUAAGGCUCUUAAGGAUCAGUUAUCCGAAAUUGGGAAAAAGAAGCGGAUAGCUGCAAUCUCCAGAGUUGGUAACUUCCACAGGAAGACCCUCUUGGUUGAUGACGGUUCUUUAGAAGCGGCUUUGUCAAUUGCGGUGGGUUCUCAUGGAGCCGAUAUUCCUAACGACCCUCCAGUUGCCACCGCUAUUUGCUCUUCCGCACAAGAGAGGGAGAGAGAAGAAACUACUUCUCUUUUCACAAAGAGGAAGGCUCCAGACUCGGAUACUUUAUCAAAUGAAAGACUCAAAACCGUUAGGUUAAGUUCUCCGCCACGAGCCCGUAGCCUUUCGCAUUCUGUUUUCCCUUCUAUAGAACCUUUAGAAUCUGGGCUCCCUCUUCCGGGAGACAGAGUAAUUCCAGAAGAAAUCGAUGAGCCGAGAUCGGAGGCUUCCUUGUCUCAAGGACUGAGUGUUUGGACUCAAAACCCCUUACCUGUUUCGAUUUCUGGCGGAGAAGAGAUUGGAGACAUCUUCCAAAGUUUUCAAACCAGAGAAGGGACAUCCCUUCCCCCUUUUUCGGUUUGGAGGCCGGAAAUCCGUCAGAUGUACGUCAAUCGAGCCUGCUACCUAUCCCAGGCGUUUAUGGAGACUAACGGAAUGAUCUUCCAUUAUGAGAACCUUCUUCACCAAGCGAUGAGAGAGACCACAAGGGCUAAGAAGGAGGUUGAUGAACUUAGAUUAGCCAAUCAGUCUGAGCGACUUGAGCAGGCAAAAGCCCUCGAAUCAUCCUUUGAGAAUAUGAAAAAAACUCUAGCAGCUAAUGAGCAACGCAUCAGAAUUGCGAACGCUGAAAGAGAUUCUGCGAGGUCUAAUGCUCUUCGCUUGGAGUCUGAGCUAGAAGAGGCUACGGUUUUGUUCGAAGAAACGAAUCAAAAGACCGAGCUUUUAAUUAGGAACGGGGCUUACGACAUCGCUGAAGCCGAACAUAACGCUUGA